UUUAAAUUAUCAUAAAAUAGAAUAGAAUCGUCGAAAAUAUUCAUCACUUGAAAAAUACUGCGAAAUUUGAUUCGAUUUCAUUUUAUCAUCAAUGAUAACUGAACAAGCAUAUCGAGUUACAUUACUUUUAGAUUUACAUUAUCAAAGUCAUUGAUACGCGCCAAAUUCAAUAUACUUCAUAAAGAAUAUGUCGUAAAUUUGUUUAACUAUAUUAUUUUUAUAUAAUUGUCCUAUAUUAUCUCUUUUUACAUGCAUAUAUUUUUAUAUUUUUCAUUCAUUUAUAUAGUGAACAUUUAUAUACAUAAAUGUUAUAAUCAUGUCUGGGGUUUUACGUCGAAACAGAAGCUCUAUAACGCGAUUAGGAAGACCUAGCAUACUAUUUAGAACAUUGAAAGGCGGUAUCAAGAUUCCAAGAUAUCAAAAUACAUACCGAUUAGAAUCUUUCUUUCCUGUAAAAGUAGAAGUAGUCGAUAAAAUAUUGCAGGACGUAAUGUCUUCCACCUUGCAAGAUAUAAGAUAUAAUCCUAUAAUAUGUCUUGAGAUUUGUAAAGAUAUGUCACAGAAAGUGCGCGAUAUAAUAUUUAAAAAGUCCUAUGACCGUUACAAAUACACAGUGGUCAUGACGAUAAUACAAAAACUCGGACAACAUGUGGAAAUCAAUAUGGCGUGUUUGUGGGAUUUACAAAGAGACAAUUAUUCUACGUACGUUGUAGAAACUUCGGAAUUUAUUGCUCUCGGUUUAGUCAUUUUCACUUAUUACGAAUAAACCGAAUAAAACUGAGAUCUUUUUAUUGUGAUCUAUGAAGAUGAGC